AUGUCGCUGAAGCUGCAGAAGCGGCUUGCCGCAUCCAUCCUGGGAUGCGGCAAGAACCGCGUAUGGCUGGACCCCAACGAGACCAAUGAGCUUUCCAUGGCCAACUCGCGCUUCAACAUCAGGAAGAUGAUCAAGGACGGCCUGAUCAUCCGCAAGGCGGUGAAGAUGCACUCGCGCUCCCGGGUGCGAAAGAACUUGGAGGCCAAGCGCAAGGGCCGACACACCGGCAUCGGAAAGCGAAAGGGUACCCGUGAGGCACGAAUGCCCACGAAGGUGCUGUGGAUGCGCCGCCAGCGCGUCCUGCGCCGUCUCCUGCGCAAGUACCGACAGCAGAAGAAGAUCGACAAGCGAAUCUACCACUACUUCUACCGCCACGCCAAGGGUAACUGCUACAAGAACAAGCGCGUGCUGAUGGAGGCCAUCCAUGCCAAGAAGACCGAGAAGAUGAAGGAGAAGGCCUUGCAGGAGCAGUCCGAGGCACGCAAGGAGAAGGCGCGCCUGGCCAAGGAGAAGAAGCUCCUGAAGAAGGCUGAUGCCGCAAGGACCGAGGAGGAGGGCUGGCAGCAGGCGAAGAAGCGAUAG